UGCUGCUCUGUGCCUCAGGCAAUCCCCUCUGAGCAGGCUGGGCCUGGCCGGCUCCGUGUGGGGAGCUGAGCCCACAGUGAGCACUGGGAGGGCUGUGCACGUCCCCACGGCCUGGGGCCGAGCCCUGGCCCCUUCCAGGAGAGCUAGCCCGAGUCCCAGGCAGCCCUGGCCUCAUCCAGGGGUCCCCACCAGCAAAGGCUGCCUGCUGCUUGCCCCAUGCUUUUUCUGUGAGCUGGAUGUGGGCACAGGGCUGAGCUGGUGGCAGCGGGGCUGGCCCCGUGCCACCCAACCUGCCUUGCAUGUCACCAGCACUGCCGUGCUGUGCCCCUGGAGCUGAGCAGGAUGAAACUGUUCAUGCAGCACAAGGCAGAGCUCGGUCCCAGCACCCCAGUGAGGUUAUUGCUGUCCCAGUUAACACCAGUUGCAUGCAGGCAGCAGCAACCUCAAAACACAAACAGCACACAAACCCUCCGAAAGGAGACGCAGAGACCUUCACAUGCCACUCCAGAGGUGUUCCCAUACACACCAGUUGGCUUUGGAGCAGCAGUGCAGCAGGAGGCUCUGUCGGUGGUGAGCGACGACCAGUCCCUGUUCGACCCCACGUACGGCGCGGCCGCGCAGCUCCCCAAGGACAUGACGGCCUCCGGCAGCCCCGACUUCGGGCAGCCCCACAAGAUCAACCCCCUGCCCCCCCAGCAGGAGUGGAUCAACCAGCCCGUGAGGGUCAGUGUCAAGCGGGAGUACGACCACAUGAACGGAUCCAGGGAGUCCCCCGUGGACUGCAGCAUGAACAAGUGUGGGAAGCUGGUGGGAGCAGGCACCGAGUCCAACCCCAUGAGCUACAGCACCUACAUGGAUGAGAAGAACGGGCCUCCCCCCAACAUGACCACCAACGAGAGGAGGGUCAUCGUCCCCGCAGAUCCCACCCUCUGGACCCAGGAGCACGUGCGCCAGUGGCUGGAGUGGGCAAUCAAGGAGUACGGCUUGAUGGAGAUCGACACCACCAUCUUCCAGAACAUGGAUGGCAAAGAGCUCUGCAAAAUGAACAAGGACGACUUCCUGCGCACCACCUCCCCCUACAACACAGAAAUUCUGCUGUCUCACCUCAGUUACCUCAGGGAAAGUAGCUCACUGCUGGUCUACAACACUCCAUCCCACACAGAUUCCUCACGGCUUGCCACCAAAGAAGGCCCUCCCGUCGCAGGGACGCAAAAUGUGAAUAAGACAACGGAACAGCAGCGGCCCCAGCCAGAUCCCUACCAAAUCCUGGGGCCUACCAGCAGCCGUCUUGCCAAUCCAGGGAGCGGGCAGAUCCAGCUGUGGCAGUUCCUGCUGGAGCUGCUGUCGGACAGCUCCAACGCCAGCUGCAUCACCUGGGAAGGCACCAACGGCGAGUUCAAGAUGACGGACCCCGACGAGGUGGCGCGGCGCUGGGGUGAGAGGAAGAGCAAACCCAACAUGAAUUACGACAAGCUGAGCCGGGCGCUGCGAUACUACUACGACAAGAACAUUAUGACCAAAGUGCACGGCAAGAGGUAUGCCUACAAAUUUGACUUUCACGGCAUCGCCCAGGCCCUGCAACCCCACCCCACCGAGUCCUCCAUGUACAAGUACCCAUCGGAUCUGUCCUACAUGCCGUCCUACCAUGCCCACCAGCAGAAGGUGAACUUUGUGCCCCCACACCCCUCCUCCAUGCCUGUCACAUCAUCCAGUUUCUUUGGAGCGGCCUCCCCCUAUUGGACCUCCCCUGCAGGAAGCAUUUACCCCAACCCCAACGUGCCCCGCCACCCCAACGCCCACGUCACACCACACUUGGGCAGCUAUUACUAAAUGCUUUGAUCUGCCAGUGGCCUUGAGCAGUCUGUUUGAACUUUUUCUUUACUCCUGGGAUUUGUAUGGUUUUUGGGGGGACCCUUGAUGGAUAAUUGUGGCCUUUCUGGGGAAGAAUUAAAACUGGAUUUUUGUUAUUCCUGGACCAAACCUUUUACUUUUGUAACUUUGCCUCUUGUGUCUUGAACUGAGAGAUGGAAGCUCCUGUAGGCCAGUACUCUGCAUUUUCCUUGGGGUUUAAGGCUUGUGUCCUCUGUAGGAAGUGACAGUGAAGAUGGUUCACUAUUCCCUGAAAUGAUUAUUAGCUUUUGGAUGAGAGCAAUUUUUAAGGAUUCAAAGGCUUUUGACAAGGCAUAGAUCCAGCAGUGGGUCGUAGGAAAAGAUGACCACAGUGGGGUUUUUCUCACUGGCCAUUUGACCAUUCAGUGGAGGACGUUGGGCUGCAGGGGACCACAACUGGAAUCUUAGCUCUAAGGCAGAGGAGGAUUUUCACCCAACUGGAAAUUAAAUAUAUAUAUAUAUUCAUAUAUAUAUAUAUAUAUGUACAUGUAUAUUUUAAGAAGUAAAGGGCAUUGAAGGAACUUUUCUAGAGUACAACUUCAUUUGACUGUGUGUGAACUCAGCAAGCAGCAGAAACCAGAACAAAGCGUAAGGCAAAGUCAAGCACAGACAUUCCUGGGAAGCAGAAGUGAAGUGAAUAAACGACAGCAGGUCCCUGGCUCUGCCUGAGCCGCGGGGCUCUGGAAGCACCGAUUCGCGAACGCUGUGCGUUUGUCAGACCGUCAAACCAAGGGUCAACAAACCAGAAGGCAAAUUACUGUAUAAAUUAUGCAGAGUUAUUUUUCCCUAUAUCUCACAGUUUUAAAAGAAAGAGUAAAUAAAACGAGUUGACCUCGGUCACAAAUGCAGGUUUGUUUUUUACUAUCAGCUCGGUUGUUUUUUGUUUAUUUUUUUAAUGUAAUUUGUACAUCUUUUCAAUGUGUACAUUUGGGCUGUAGCUUUGUACUUUUUGCUAAAAAAAAACAAAAAUAAAAAAUAAGACAUGAGUAAUGUAUCUGUUGGAGAUAGGCUUAGUCCUGCAAUUGGAUCCAUGACUGACCCCCAAAGUGGCCAGAAACCCUCCAGAUUGCCCUAGGUUUGUCUAGAGGAGAGGAUUUUCUGUAUUAGUCUGGUGUAGCUGUCUGCAAAUUAGCUCCACUUACUCCCAUGUUUGCAUUGAGGCUGAUUGAAAACAGGCCCUAACAUCUCAAGGCAACCAUUGCAAUAUUCUGUGAUCGCUUUUCACCCAAAUCCUGAACUUUGGGAAGAUCCUAACCACUUCAUAGAUAAAAAGACUAAAUACUUCUCUUUUGGAUGGCUUCUGCUGGGGGGUUCUGUGGAAAUCUGACCCCUUCCAGAGCUCUGAGCCAUCCCCAGCUUUGCAGAUGUGAAUGUGACGCUGCACAAGCGGCGGUUUGGUGCCAUAAACAGAGGGUAAACCACAAGCGUUUGGGGUUUGGAACAGAUGUCUGGGGGGUGAAAUUUCCAUGUACAACCCAUUAGCUGACUUGUAUUAAGUGGCAGCCAAUUAACAGGAUCACAACUAUCUAGUCUAGACCAACCCCUGGGACUCUGUGGGGGCGGGAUUUGGUCCAUGUGCAUCCCAUUGCAGGAGGGGAGUCUGAAACCAGAGCAUGGGAGUCUGCUCAGAACGUUAAACACAAGCACUGAUGCCAUUAUUUAACAAAGUGGGAAGAGAAGAUCAAGCUACUACAGUUAGGUCUUAGUGCUUUCAGGGUGUUUUUAAGCAACAUUUCUGCCAUAAUAGCAAAAUUUAAGUAUGAAGGAACUACCCAUGGAAAUGGGGCUUUUGCUACUAUAUAUAUGCAAUGUACUUUUUGGAUAUUAAAAUAUAUAUAAUUUUGCAAGCUAUCUUGGUGGGUUGUUUUUUUUUUUAAUAUGUAUUAAUGUUACAAUGAAACAGUUGUAUGAAGAAGAUGAUGUAAAAAAAAAAAAAGUGACAAAAUAAAUGGUGGUUUUCUUCUCUAA